CAGGCAUCAGUAUUCUUCGCGCAAACCUUGUCCUCAGCGACGCUCACUCUUGCUGUCCGCGACAUUCGUGUGAGGGCGCAGGCUCAUCAGGAUUCGAGGAAGGAACGACCUGUCUACGCAUUCUCUCCGGCGAAGCAAAGAAAAAGCUGAGCAAGAGCCAAGCUGCCUGCCUGCCAGCCAGCCAACCCUGCCAACGCAACAAGCCCCAUCUCGAAAGUUCCCGACUUCAGAAACCAAAACAGAACACGUCAAGCGCAAAACAUCACAUCAAGAACCAUCUCCACUAUCCCCUCACCCCAGUUCUGCCGCCUCUCCAGUCCCACCCCCAUCACCACCCAUCUCCUCUCGCACAAAUGUCCUUCUACAACCACAAAGACCCCCUCCCACCCGGCGGCUUCGCCAAAUCCUGGGCCGAAAGCACCGGUCUUGGCGGCAUCAACCACUCCAGCUCCAGCAUGCACGUUAGAAUCGUGUUAGACGCGCAACAAGCUUCCGCGAGCGGAAAUGUGACUUAUACGAAUUUGGAUCAAAUCUCGGGAAGUGUGCUUGUGAGGAAUCUGAGGGCUGAGCAGGUGAAUUCGAUUGUGGUCAAGUUGGAGGGGGAGAGUCGGACGAGGUUGAUGACGGCUUUUGGGGCGAAUGGGGAGAGGCCGAAGGCUGUUUUGGAGUAUCAUAAGCUAUUGUACAAGGUGCAGAUGGUCUUCCCGGAUACGAAGAUUAUGCAAGGGCGAGUUACUUCUAGCGGGAAGACGGCAUAUGCGCUUCCUCCAGGAGAGCACGUCUAUCCCUUCUCUUUCAAGCUACCUUUCAACAAUGACUGUCUAGCGAAUGGGCCCCAACAACCAGUGAUAGUCGGCAUGGAAUUUGCACGACCGGCACCUCGACACGUCAAGAAGACACUGCCGCCUACACUGAGUGGAUUCCCUGGUGAGGCGGAGAUCAGAUACUAUGUCAAAUGCACAGUCGGUCGACAUGGCUUCCUCAAGGAAAACGCCAGAACACAGGCACCUUUCAACUUCUUUCCAAUCGAGAACCCGCGGCCGCCUAUCACCGGAGCUGAAUGUUUCGCACGGCAAAAGCACCGCUUCGAUGGGUUCGAGGCACCUUCAAGUCCAUCAGUCGGAGAUAAAAUGAAGGGCAUGUUUGGGAAGAAGUCUGGUAGCACGCCGAGCUCACCAAUCGUCGGCAGCGGCUCGCCUUUCGUUAGCAUCGAUGCGCGACUACCGGAACCUCCGAUUAUUACUUGUAAUCAGGAUCUACCACUCCGGCUGAUCUUCAAGAAACUGAGCGAAUUUGGCGACGAAGUCUUCAUGAACUCGUUACAAAUAUCUCUCAUCGGGCAUACGAAGAUCCGUGCUCAAGAUGUGUUCCGCACAGAAACCAACAGCUGGAUUAUUUGCUCAACCAGCAAUAUGAAUGUAUUGCUCGGUCGACCUUCCGAUCCAGUCGACACCGAAACGGUCGUGGAUGACCGAUUAUGGAGAGGGCCCUCACAUGUUUUACCGAACACUGUCGCGCCCAAUUUCGAAACCUGCAACAUCGAACGCACAUACCAACUCGACAUUCGGAUAGGUCUCAGCUAUGGCGAUCGAGACGCCAAGCCUCAACAGAUCAUCCUUCCACUUCGCAUGGACUGCCAGAUAUUCUCCGGCAUAGCACCGCCAGCUGAGGUUAUCGCGCGAAUGGAAGACGCAAAGGCUGGUCUUCCACCCCGACGGACAUCGAAUGCUAAUGGUCUGCAUCAGAAAAUGCAGAACGAAGGACGAAUGGAUUCCGACUUUGGCUCGAAUCAAAUCCCUCCGACUCCGAUUGAACAUUAUGGCUCUGCACCCUGGCCUGGACAACCUCAUCCUGGGAGUAGUAGUGCUGCGCCUAAUUAUGAUGAUGCGCCUCCGCCGAGCUACGAAGAUGCUAUUGCGCAGGGUGCUGGGCCUGUGACGGCGCCGAGGCCGACGUAUGCUCCUCCGGCGCAAGUCGAGGAUCCUUUGCUGGGUGGUGGUGAUGAGAAGAAGGGGUGGCAUUGAUGACGAGCUGACUGCAUAGAUGUAUAACGAGGCAUAGAUGGUACGAUAUGAGCUUCGGAAUUGUUGCAUAUCCAUCUGGCUACAAUUCUUCCUCGCAGGUGCGAGGAUUGAAUCACGGUAAGGAGCCUGAGAGGGAUUGUUGAUCAUGCGCAGACAUUCGGAUCCGACAAUAUGUCUUAAGCGACCGACACCUGACAUUUUGAACCUCGCCAGCUCUUGAUAGCAGCUCGAC